CUAUUUUUUUUUUUUUUCCCUGUUGGCCGUUUGCCUCCUCCUUCAAGAAACUCUCAUUAUAUUAUAUACCGGGAACUCCUCCUCCAGUAGGCAGACUAGUUUCUGUUGGGAUUUGAAAUUAAUCUGACAAUUUUCGCAAUUGAAAAUUUGGUUUAGUAAUAGUAGUAACAGGUAUUUUUCUUGGCUGAGAAAGAGCGAAAAGCGAGAAAGAAAAGAAAAGAGAAUGGAUGUGAUAAAAUCGCAGCAGAUAUCAGCACGGCCGAUCGAGAAAGUGGUAGUGCAUCCACUGGUGCUGCUUAGCAUAGUGGAUCAUUACAACAGAGUGGCUCGGGACACCAAGAAACGAGUCGUUGGGGUUUUGCUCGGCACUUCUUUCAGGGGCACCGUUGACGUCACCAAUUCCUAUGCAGUUCCUUUUGAAGAAGAAGACAAGGAUCCCAGCAUUUCGUUCCUUGACCAUAAUUAUCAUGAAUCAAUGUUUUCCAUGUUUCGGAGAAUUAAUGCCAAGGAGCAUGUUGUUGGCUGGUACAGUACUGGUCCAAAACUACGGGAAAAUGACCUGAAUAUUCAUGGGAUUUUCAAUGCCUAUGUUCCAACCCCUGUCCUAGUCAUAAUUGAUGUCCAGCCCAAGGAACUGGGAAUACCUACUAAAGCCUACUAUGCUGUUGAGGAGGUUAAAGAGAAUGCAACCCAGAAAAGUCAGAAGGUGUUUGUCCAUGUGCCUUCUGAAAUUGCUGCUCAUGAAGUUGAAGAAAUCGGAGUUGAACACUUGCUUAGGGAUGUUAAGGACACAACAAUUAGUACCCUUGCAACUGAGGUGUCAGGUAAACUCACUGCAUUAAAGGGAUUGGAUGCACGACUUCAAGAGAUUCGCAGCUAUCUUGACAAUGUUAUUGAUGAGAAAUUACCUUUAAACCAUGAGAUUCUCUAUCAUUUGCAGGAUGUGUUCAACCUACUUCCGAAUCUCAAUGUGGCUGAGUUAAUAAAAGCAUUUGCAGUAAAAACAAAUGAUAUGAUGCUGGUUAUAUACCUUUCUUCCCUUAUAAGAAGCGUAAUUGCUCUACAUAACUUGAUCAACAACAAGAUGCUUAACAAGGAGCACGAAAAGGCUGAAGACUCUAAGCCAGUUGCUGUACCAACAGCAGCUGGAAGCUAAGCACGGAAGUUUGUGUGUCGAUAGAUUGCUGGUGCAACUUCGAAGUCCUCUUUGGUGAUGGGAACUUGGGCAUAUAUUCCGAUGUUGCCCUUUCGAAUCGUUAGCAAAAAAGUGCUUUCAUUUUUGUGUCACCUCAUGACUAUCGUUUGGAAUGGUGUUUUACACCUUUUGUGCGGAAAGUUGCAUAUCUUUGGUUACUCAGAUAACGGAUGAGGAUGUUCAACAGCUAGCGAAUCUCGCAUUGAUGUGUACUACUAUUAACCGAAAUACCGAUCAUACUUAGUCAUUUGUCUGCAGUUAUUCGAGACUUGGAGCAAACGACUUCGUCAAAGUUAUCAGAUCGCCCCUUUGGUUUGUGUUGUUUUUUGC